CGCAACUAUCUCCUCUUGGUCGCCCAGCUCCACGUCUUUGCUGUCGCAUGUCAGAUCAGAUCAAUCCUUGUACUUUUAGUGAUUCUGAUAGUAUCGAGCUCAAUUUAGGACCCUCCGACUCUAUAUGAGGGGCCAAAUAAAUCAUGCCUCCACGAAAGAGUAACGUUUCUCAAGUGUCGGAAGAUGGAGGAGGUUCGACAUCGAAAGAUGGCUACGGGGUAGAGGAUCUUGCACUUCCUCGGACAAUGGUGCAGCGCCUUGCGAAGGGUGUACUCCCGCCAAAUACACAAAUACAGAAAGACGCACUUCUGGCCAUAUCAAAGUCGGCAACAGUAUUCGUCAACUACUUGUCUUCGCACGCACAAGAACAAGCACAGCGCAUGAAUAAGAAGACCAUACAACCAAAGGACGUGCUCGAUGCAAUAGCAGACAUUGAGUUCGACAUGUUCCUUCCACGUCUCGAGGCCGAACUAGCAAAAUACAACUCCGUGCAGUGCGACAAGCGAAAUUCAUAUAGGAGAAAAGUGAGGGAAGAGCAAAAAGCAAAACAAGUAGCAAAUACAGAGCAGGCAGGGGAAGCAGACGGGACAGCAACUGCAAAAGCAGCUGCGUCAUCUGCUGGAAAAGCCGACGGCGCAAAUGGUGCAUCGAGACUGGUUUCACCGAAGAGAGAUGAUGAAGAGCCGAGAACAAAGAAAGUCCGUGGAGAGGAUGGGAUGGAGAUCGAUGAUGAGGAGGACAUGACAGAUGAGCCUGAUGCAGAAGAUGAUCAAGAUGAGGAGAAUGACAAUGAGGAUGAUGACGAUGACGACGAUGACGAGGGCGAAGACACCUUCGAGGAUGCUAAAGAGGAGCUCGCUGAGGAUCCCUUAGAAGAGCAUGAAGCACGAGACGAGGAUAUGGAGGACGAAGCACUGGACGAGGGGAAUGAGAGCGACUGAAUCCUCUAACAAAAUGAUGGCAUAAACUAUAACGCUCGCAUGGCGAUAAGAGCAUAACCAGCAAUCAGCGCUGGGAGAUUUCUGUAUUAAAACGUGGUGCUAGGCUAUUCUGCUGCAUGCAUUUGACUAGCUAUAAUCUCUAAAUCCGUGUAUGAUCAUGUUCCUACCACUUUCGCCUUUGGGUUGUAUAGCUGAUGCC